AUGGGAAAGGAAACCCUGAGUAAUAUGGGAACCCUCAAAAAAAAACAGAAGCUGGACGAGGAGUUGCUCGAAAUAAUUAUUUAUAACAUAUUAUCGCUUAUUAUUGUCAACGGAGAAUUAAGUAAAACCUCCUCGAAAAAUAAAGUAAUCGAUUUAAUCAUUGUAGAAAAUGUCGAUUACAUUCUGAACAACUGUUUUUUCCUCUGCUUGGGCAACAUUCAAAAAUUGCUUUUCGUGAUCGACUUGAUAUUGAACGAUGAGGGUGUGUACUACGAAUUUGGCAAAGUCCACAAAAAGGAAAAUGCAGGAACUGCGAAAAAUGCUGAAAUGAUAAAAAUUGAGGAAACUCCGAUCUGCAAAAGUAGCACACUUGCCGCUGCUGGGGCGGACACCAAGGAAAGCCGUAUCCCACGUGCCCCUGCAAACGAUGGCACGAUCGGCAAAGCCGAUUUCGAUAGAAUGCAAAAGCGUGCAAGGAAAGACAGGCAGGUAAAUGGAACCAAGUCUACACGGUUUACCGAUAGGUAUAGCCUGAACAAUUAUAUUAAAGACAUUUUCCUCUACAUAGAAGAAAAAAACAUCUAUCUUAGUUUAUUUCAUUUUAAUUAUAUAUUUAAAAAUAGCGCAGAUUACCAGCAGUUUUUUCUGCGAAGGUAUCAAAGUUACACGUUCGAAAAGUUCUACAGGGAGAUUACGGCUGUAGCAGGGAAGCGCCCCUUGAAGCGCACUCGCAACAACAGCCAUUCCACAGGAAAACGCAUGAACGUAGGGCUAAACAGAAGCGUGUGUGGAAACGCAAAAGAGGUCGCUAAUUUGUUAUAUAUUAAAAAAAAAAAAUACACUAAUUUGUACGAUGCCGUAAUAAAAUAUCACAAGGAAAAUUUCAAUUUGUUGGGAACAGCAGAUACUUGUGACGGAGUAUCGUCCUGUUCUUCUUCUUCCUCCUCUACCGUAGGGGACUACACAUGUUCAGUCUCAGAGACCAGGAACGAUAAAAGCAUAACGCGUGGUGCACAAUGGACUAAUGCAGCAACAUUCAUACACGACAUCGCUAAGAAAGGAAACGAUGCAAAUGCACAAAAUAGUAACAAUUGUAGAAGCGGGAAUGAAGGCGAGGCGGAAAACAUUGAAUAUGUUCCAUAUGAUCUAAUAAGUAGAGAAAAAAUAAAAAAAUUAUAUAAAUAUAAAAAGCACAAGUGCAAAUUGAUUCAGGACAAUAAUUUUAUAUCUAAAAAAUCGUACAUCCCUAUUAAUUUAUUCCCUAAUAAUGAUUUACACGUAAGUAAUAUAAAGUUUCAAACCCUAUCAUCAAGCAUACGUGUAAAGGUGCACUUGCUCAUUCUGUUCACCAACUUGAUCCUAAUGUUCGAUUUGCUUAAUUCGUCCUUGUACCCAUGGGUGUACAAAUUUAUUUCUUUUCUUCUAAAUGUACUGAAUAAUUUUAAUUGUAAAUUUUACUACUACUUGGAUAAUUCAUCACUACUGUCCCAAUUUAAUAAAGAAAAGUUGUUCCUACUUAAUAAGACCACGUGGGAUCACAAAUUUGUAACAAAGGUGAGCGACGUCAAUCGAGUUAGCAUAUCAAGGAGUGCAAAUAGCCUAACUGCAAAGGGGUCCUCCAUUUUAAAAAAAAUGGUGCAAAAAAAUGCCAAGAAGGACAACAGAAUUAAUACAAACUUCCCCUAUACAAAUAGCGGUUAUAUUGAAAUCUACGAUAAGGACAAAAAGGAAAAUGCGAAGAAACUUUAUUUCCACCACUUUGUUUCUGUUCAAAUUUUGAAAUACUACUCCGUUUUAUCCCUAUACGAGAUUGAGAACUUGUAUAAAGGCAUUUUAUCCUGCCUUCUCGGAGAUGUGUACAACAGGACGAUCAGCACUAUUUGCAUGUUCGAAAGGGAAGGAAACCAGUACCCCGUUUCGCCCCCAUGUAGGAAUAACACCCACUUCAAAAAUAAGUACUUAGAAAAAAACAACAUCGAUUUGUAUAGGUUAAUUGGAGAACUUACCAAACUGAGAUGCAACAAUAGAAGUGAAGAGGUGGUUAUAAAUGCCUUGAGGUAUCUUUAUCUGUUCGUUCUGUUUAAUUAUAUUACAAUAUUGGGGAAUUUUUCGAUCGUUCAUGAGGUUUUUGCGGAAGGAGACGAAGCUCUGCCCCGUGUCGAGGGGGAAGAAUGUAAUGUGGAUAAUUGCUCCGAUGGGAAAAACGUGCAUGCGGAUAACUGCUUCGAUGAAAGAAAUACUCAUAUGGAUUACUGCCAAGAGGCCGUCGUUGGCGGGGCAAAACGGCAAGCUCCACUACGCAACGACCUAGCCAAUCUUAACUACCAAAUUAACUCAUUCGUAACAGAGAAUCACGUAAGGCUAGAACUGCAAGAAUUUUGCAAAAGCACCCAAGUGUCAGACGGGGUAAAAACGAAUUCAUAUUUCAGGGGGAGUCUAAUUACACUUCCGUUUUAUAUCAACCUGGGGGGUUGUCAGAUGACAGACCAGGUUGGAAAAGUGGAAGAAUUGAAUCGGGUCAACGAUGUUGGAAAUGGGUUCGCUGAUUGGUUCGCUCAUUGGCCAGCAAGAGACCACGAAGAAAUUACCCGGGGUGAGUAUCCCCCCAAGGAGGAAACAACGAGGCAAAAAGAAAUGAUAUGCAACGCGAACAAGUGCAAAAGGAUAAUACAAAGAAGAAUAACAAAAUUGUUAAGUAGAAAUCCCCAUUUGAUGUUCCAUAUCACUCGGUAUGUCCCCCUUUUUGCAAGCACCUUGGCUGAUAUGCUAAAAAAGAAUAACUAUUUUCUGUACCAAAAUGAUAGCUACCGUUUUGCUGUCUGCAUCAAUUACCUUUACAUGCUUUACGCAGAAGUGAAUGAAAGUGUCAUUCGAGAUUUGUAUGACAAAGUUAUGCUAGUUAUAAAAAACGGGUUCUACACACAUAUUAGUAAAAUAAUCAUAAUAUAUAUGUUUUCCUUUUUUUUAAACAAAAAAUACGUUUUGGAUCUGUGCGAAAGGGAUAUUAAUCAGUUCUUUCCUACUUUUUCCGACUCAAAAGAUUUAGCAAUUAUCAAGUAUUAUUUUGUUCUGAAAUUUGUUCAGUAUAGGCCUAUACCGAUCAAGUUGGAAGAGGUACACAGAAAAUUGUAUACCUAUCACAAUUAUGCAGUCGUGGGGGAGGCUACUAAAAAUGGAAACACUUGGGGUAGUGAAUUCCCCUUUUUGAAGGACCACGCGUUAGGAAAGAUGCGUUCAGAAAAAGAUACAUCAUGCAAGUACACUCAUGGAGUAAGAACUGAAAACAUCGCAUUCGAAGCAGAACAAAGUAGUGGUCAUGGAAGGAAUGGCCCCCUAGGUCCACAAUCACGAUGUUGUAAAAAACAAAUUAGACAAAACUCACCUUUAGAGGCAAGGUCCACUUUGGUAUGCACCAAUCAGUGGGAAAGUGACUGUGACACAUGCGGGGAAAAAUUACAAAAGACGAGGUUGCGCUUGAAGUGUGAUCCCACAGAAAGCAUUUCACAGUUGGGCGUGGCAAGCAGAAGGGAUGAAGAAGAAAAGAAAGAAAACGCUAGUGGGAGGAGCCUGCAAUGUUAUAUAAACACUCUUUGCCGUAAAAGAGCAAAUGUGGAGCACGCUAAAGGAUCCAAACCCAUUGACAAACUCUCAAAAGAGUGUACCAAACAUAGCGUCAAUAGUGAAAACCCAUUUGAGGAAGACCACUCCGGGUAUACUUCGCCUGGCAAGAACAAUUCCAUAUAUGAGAAAAAAAUAUACUUUCUCAUAUUCUCGUACCAUCUGUUAAAAUGCAAUAGUCAAUCCAGGCAGUCGAAGCAAAGGCUAAAGGUGGAACUGCUCCAUAUACUACUAUCCAACAUGAGCUCAGUACAAAUAAUCCAUUUUAUGUUAUAUUAUUUGCAUGAAAAAAAAGAUUUGAAAUUAUUCUGCGCUAUCCAAAAUGGGGUGUUAAGUUGCUUAAUGAAGAUGAAGCCAAGUUAUAAGCUCAUCAAUUUUUUGGCAUUCUUUUUUUACCUUGUAAAAAUCAAAUAUACAAAUGUUAAGGCUAUUAUGAAGAUGCUGAGCAAAGUGUUUGUAAAAUAUGAAUUCAAUUUGAAGGUUUAUAUGGUCAUGUUUAAAAUUAUAAAAGUGGUUUUACACCGUCAUAGAAUUUCGGAUAGCUACCCAUUCAUUCUCUCCAUUUUGAGGCACAUAAAGGAAAGCAGCUACGUGUGUUUACACACCACGUGUAUGUACUACAUAAAUAUAAUUCAAAAUAAAAUUUCAUUCCUAGACUGCACUACAUUGAGGAAACAGUGUCGAGAUUACUGCCCCUAUCUGACCGGGGCAGAUGUCAAUCCUCUGUGUGACGAUCCAGAAACAACCCACAGGAUCAGAGGCAUAAACAUAAAAUAUACAAAAAAAUAUGACACAUCCAAUUUUAUUCAAUUAAAAAUUUGCAAAAUAGACAGAAGAAUGAUGUUAUCUCUGAAGGAUAACGGAUCGAGCAUUUUUUACGCGCAACGUGGUGCAACAGAUCCCGAGGGGGUAAAUAUCGGCGCAAGUGCCUUCCCCUCCAGCCAUUACUAUAACAGCAACGAUUUUUGCGCAGACUCGUUUUACAGCAUCUACAGGGACGACUCUUAUAGCUUAAAAAAUUAUUGCACGUACAUUGCUAAUGCGGAGCAGUGCAUCUACUUUCCGUUCGUUUUGAGGUACUCGCGCAGUGUAGAAGCAGCCGGGGGAAGAGGCACAAACCCUGGGAAAGGAAGCGAUAUGUCCCCCUCGAACGUUACCACUGUAUCACCCAAUAAGUUACUCCACAUAUCCGCACGUAAAGGAAAGCACAAACUGCACAGUACGAGGAGCACACCAUAUAGAGAGCCACUUUGCAACCCAAACGAAACACUCUUCUGCCUGAACGUAUGCUUCGUGCACAAGGGGGAUUUCGUGAACAUACAUAACGUGUACAUUCCAUACAUACAAUUAGGUAACGAGUAUCCCCCUAGCAGAUAUGGCUCCUCUGAAAAAGAUAAACAUGAUGCACCGGCAGAAGUGGAUCACCGUCAUGAACACACGAGGGCAGAAGAAGACGCGUUGUUCCGAAGGCUACCCCGAAGAAGAAAAAUUUUGUCACUGAAAAAAAAAAACUUUUUUAUCGUCCGGUAUAGCGGUGCAUUAUACAGGGGAAAGGUAAAGCACACGAUGAGGAUGCUAGUUAGAGUUUUAAAGCGGGGAAAGGCGUCCGUGCAGGAAGAACACUCCAGGUGGGAAUCGAAGGGGCACUCCACAAACGGUGCAAGAACCAAACGAGGAAGUCGAAAGAAGAAAAAGAAUAAGAAGCACACUUCAGCUAAUCCAACGCAUGGCACCCAUUUUGAAGACAUAAAAAGAAAUCUAAUAAAAAAGGAAGCAUAUAAAAUAAAUUGCAUUUUAAAGGGAAAUCCAUUUUUAAAAAGAGCAGUGUGCCAUGUGGGGGGCAAAAGUGGAAAGGCCAACCCAAGCAGAGACGAGAAAGUAAAAGAAACGACCAAUUCAUACAAGUUGUUAAUCAAAAUAGGAGUCAAAUUACUAAUUAAGAGCAAGUUCUAUGCAUAUAUCGUAUACUUAAAUAAGGAAAAAAAAACCUUCAAAAGAUUUCUGGGAAAAUAUAAUUUAAAUUUUCAGGAUUUCUUCCAACCAUUUAGAGCGAGCAUUGAAUUCUGGAAAAACAUUUUUGAAGAUGUGUGGAAUGGAAAAAUUGGGAAAAUGUAUAAGUCCUCGAAAUAUUUGAACAUGACAUCGGAUAAGGUUCUCCGAGUGAUUAAGAAAAAGCUACACCCAUUUGUGAUCCAAGAAAACGUUAAUGUAAAAAAUUGGAAUGUCUAUAAUUUUCCCCAGUAUGAAAUGCACGUAGGGAGAAACUACUCCCUGAAUGACAAAUAUUAUUAUGCAUAUGGGAAAAAAAACAAAAAAAUUAAUAACCCCAUUUUUGAUGAGUUUUACAUUGAUAACUAUCCCCUGGGUUCCUUUGAAACUGAUGAGACGACUAACUCGACAAUGAAUCGAAUGAAAGCAUAUGAUCUUAAGGACGGUGGAACAACCAGAAAAAAGGAAACACAUUACCUCGGAUACAAACCUAAAUUUAUGAGUACCUUUGUACAUGGUGCUUUAAGUCAUUCUGUUCUUGACGACCAUGUAGAUGUAGCAACUCUGGAAAAAAGCGAUAAACCAAGUGCAAAAGUGAAUAGUACAAAAAAGGGGACUCGCCUAAAAAGGCACAAUAAUGGGCGUGCUACAUUUUUUACUCCACGCGUAAGACGUAUAUUUCAUCUGAAUGUGAAUCGGAUAAUUGGGGAAAAGGCAAAAUGCGGGAAAAGAAUUACUCAAGCGGGUGAAGACAGCGCAGUGCGGAAAAUAACUGAAACAGGGCACACGCACAAUAAUGGCCAUUCGAAAUAUAAAAUAAAUCGUUAUUUAUCGAGUGAAGGGCAGGGGGAAAAACGUAGGAUCAACCCUAGGCGUAGCACAAACAGCGACGUGAUUAAAAAAUUCGUGGGGAUUUUUCUGCCACCAAAGUAUCACCUGCUCAUGGUCUUUCACAUCUACGAGUGGUCUACCUCGGUUCAGAUACGCACUGAUAACUUAAAUGCCCUGAACUAUGUGAACCCCUUUUUCGAUGAAUGUACGGCUGCACGCUGCGAAUAA